UCCCGGCGGGAGGGUGAUACCCAGAACCAUGUGUGCCGAGCGGCUGAGCCAGUUUGUGACCCUGGCUUUGGUGUUUGCCACCUUGGACCCGGCGCGGGGGACCGACGCCACGAACCCUCCGGAAGGUCCGCAAGACAGGAGCUCCCAGCAGAAAGGCCGUCUGUCUCUGCAGAACACAGCGGAAAUCCAGCACUGUUUGGUCAACGCCGGAGACGUGGGGUGUGGCGUGUUUGAAUGUUUCGAGAACAACUCUUGUGAAAUUCGGGGCUUACAUGGGAUUUGCAUGACUUUUCUGCAUAAUGCUGGAAAAUUCGAUGCCCAGGGCAAGUCAUUCAUCAAGGAUGCCCUGAAGUGCAAGGCCCAUGCCCUGCGGCACAGAUUUGGCUGCAUCAGCAGGAAGUGUCCUGCAAUCAAGGAGAUGGUUUUCCAGUUGCAGAGGGAAUGCUACCUCAAGCACAACCUGUGCUCAGCGGCGCAGGAGAACAUUGGCGUGAUGGUGGAGAUGAUAAACUUCAAGGACCUCCUGCUGCACGAGCCCUAUGUGGACCUCGUGAAUCUGCUGCUGACCUGCGGGGAAGAUGUGAGGGAGGCCAUCACUCACAGCGUCCAGGCUCAGUGUGAGCAGAACUGGGGAGGCCUGUGCUCCAUUCUGAGCUUCUGCACCUCCAACAUACAGAGACCUCCCACUGCGGUCCCUGAGCAUCAGCCCCCGGCAGAUAGGGCCCAACUACCCAGGCCUCACCACCGGGAUACAGGCCACCACCUAUCAGAAGCCAGCAGAGGCGCCAAGGGUGAGCGAGGAAGCAAAAGCCACCCACAUGCCCACGCCCGAAGCGGAGCAGGUGGCCAGAGCGCCCAGGGACCUUCUGGGAGCAGCGAGUGGGAAGAUGAACAGGCUGAGUAUUCCGACAUCCGGAGGUGAAACGAAAACCUGGCCAAGAAAGUUUCCUCCAGGCCGUCCAUUUCCUUAUCUAUGGACAUUCCAAAACAUUUUACAUUAAAGAGGGGAUGUCACACGCAGGAUGUGUGCGAAUUGUGGACUUCAUGCAGGUGUCUGAACAGGUGAGAUGAGGUCUCAGGUGCCUGCCCUGUGGGUCGGCACCUACGUAAGCUUAUUCACGGGAGUGUUGCCUUGAGUCUGCCUGUGGCUUUGUCCCUUUCGGUCUGUGGGAGCUAGUGGGUGGCUAAGGUGUGCUCUG